AACUCUCACUUACUAAUUUUUCCUCCCGCUACGUUGCUCGAUUCCCUCCCAUGCCAAACACAAAACCAGUCUCCUCAUGGCAAAUUCUAGUUCCGGAAUCGGGAUUUAUGAAGAGACUGGUUUUGUGUUUCAAACUCCGACAUCGUUACAGUCUUGUGUGUCGUCGUCAUUUCUUACCAUCAUCCUCGAACAACCCCGUCGAAUCCUCCAACAACCUUGGAAAUUCCCAUCCUGUCAUCUCUCCUCCACCGCCACCGCCGCAAAUUCUUCAAAGCCAACCUUCUGCUCUCUCCACAACCACCGCAACCCCUCUCUCACGAAAUUCAACUUUUGCGCUUUCCGCAAUCGUCGCCUCUUCCGCACUCUACAAUCCCAAUCCCAAGACUGAGCGCAAGAGGAACCAUAAUGGUUUCUACGACGCUAUUGACCAUGGCAUCCAGAAAUCCAGUGAGUCCUUUAAGAGGAUCCUUAAUCAUGCGAAGCAAACGGGCGUGGCGGCCUCGGUGUUGUGGCAUUCGCUGAGGUCGGUGCUCUCCCUGGCCAAUCAUGAAGUGCGAGUAGGGUUAGAGAUGCGGGUGGCAUCCUUGCUCGCGGACAUUGCCACAGCCAAUGCCAGCUGCAGGGUAGCUCUGGUUGGUGCAGUUGGUGGCGCGGUAGUUGACUGGCUUCUUGAGACGGUGGCAACCGCCUCAGUCGGGAGUGAGAUCCAGGCGGAAGCUGCAAGGGCGCUGGCGUAUUUGGUUGCCGAUCCUAAUGUGUGUAAAGAUGUUCUCGGAAGGCCUCUUGCUGUUGCCAAUUUAUUGAGGUUCAUCUUUAAGUGUCGGCCUCAGCGCCGGUCUAAGAAGCUUUUCAGUGGGAGCAGCACUCAAGGCGUAGUUCAUUCUAUGUUUCUGAUUCUUUGAAAGGUAGGCGCUUGCUUGUAGCUGCAACCAUGGAUAUUGUGACGUCCAACUGUGACAAUUUGGAAAAUGUGUCGUUUAAGCCAUUGCGACCUGAGAAUGCUGAAAAAAGGGAUAUUGCAGCAGCUAUUUAAGUUAUUGAAGAAGGUGGCAUUCAUUCAGAUGAGCAGCAGCGUGGGGAUCAUGAAGGUGGUGGAAGAGGUAUGAAGGGAAUUGGGACCAACAUUCUGAAGGCACAACAGUAUUAGGUUUGUUAAGACCAAGUGGGCUUAUGAAGUUAGAGAAUCCUGAUCCUCUUAAUGGAAUAUUAGAUCAGCAUACCUCUAAAACCGUUGCUAAGCAUGAUAAUUCCAUUGCAGAAGCCAAUUUAUCUUCUACAGUCAUGCCAGCCCUCUGGAUGAUUUGCAUUGUGAACAUGUCGCUGUGCCUUUUGCAGCAUGGGAAUUAGCCAAUUGGGCAAUGGCAUCAGAUAUCAACAGAGCUCAUAUUCACAAACUGGAUCGGGAUUGGUAUGCUGUAAUGACUGCUUUGUUAGCACCUGAAAGAUCAGUGAAAUGGCAUGGGGGUUUGGUAGCUCAGUUGCUGUUGGAGGAUCAUUAUCUUCCCUUAAAUGAUUCUGGAUCUGACUGGGCUUCAAGUCUUCUUUCUACCAUUUCACAAGCAAGCAAAAAUGAAGACAUUUCUUUAGCCCAGCUGGCUUUAUCUGUGUUUUUAGUUUCUGUUGAGAGAAGCCUUGGGCCACAGAAGAUAGUGAUGGACAAGGGUCUUCAACUGAUGAGAGAUGCUGCAAAGCGGAUGACAAAUCACAAGCAAGUUCAAUAAGCAUUGGCAAAGGGUUUAGAAUUGCUUUCUACUGGAGACAUCCAUUUAUGUCUUGAAGAGAGUCAGAAGUGGUCCGGCAUACUACUUCCCUGGAUAUUUGAAAAAUCUUCCUCUGAUGCCAUCCAAUCUUCUGCAAUAAAAAUUCUAUCAUGCA